AUGGGGAGAGGCCGAGUAGAGUUGAAGCUAAUAGAGAACAAGAUUAAUCGACAGGUGACCUUCUCCAAGCGUAGAAAUGGGCUUAUGAAGAAGGCUUUUGAGCUCUCUGUUCUCUGUGACGCUGAGGUCGCUCUGAUCAUCUUCUCCAGCAGUGGAAAGCUCUUUGAAUUUGGCAGCCCUGACAGCAUAGCAAAAACACUUGGACGAUAUCAACGGUACAAUUUUACACCUCAAGAAAUGGAUCCAGCUGAUAUUGAAGCUCAGACAAAGUGGUUUAUGGAAUUGUCGAAGUUAAAGGCAAAAUAUGAAUCACUGCAGCAAUCCCAGAGGCAUCUGCUCGGGGAAGAUCUAGAUGCACUUACUUUGAAGGAUUUGGAGCACUUGGAGCAGCAACUAGAAUCAGCACUGUCACUAGGCAGGCAAAGAAGGACAGAGAUAAUGCUGAACCAGAUGGAAGAGCUAAAGAAAAAACUCGCGGCAGAAUAUAAACCUAUGAGAUCAAUCCACAGAUCCUGGAGGCCUGAUGCUGUAGUCGCAACUGGUGCUUUACCUGAUCAUCCUACUCAUCCCAUUGUCAUGGACACUGAACCCACACUUCAAAUUGGGUACCCUCACUAUGAAUCAUCUGAAGCAACUAUUCCAAGGAACGUUGGAGCUCAGAACAAUUUCAUGCAGGGCUGGACUCUUUGAUAUAUAUGGCCUCCAGACUUAAACGGUUUGAUUCCUCAGUUGCUAUUACUCCUGUAAUGACUUGUUUGUUCUUGAGUCCAAAUACAUUUUGUUAUUUGGCUAACCCACCCAAUGACUGGUUUGAAUCUGAAAGUUGUUAGUCUUUUAGUUAUAAUUCUCUACUGUUGAUUACAUUUAGCUCUUAAAAAGGA